AUGAGUCCCGCACCCCACUCUCCAGCGCCUCCGCUCUAUUCACUUUCCGCAUACGUACCCCGGAACAAUAUCCCAACGUCGAAUGGAUGUUCAGCAUGGAUCUCUUUGACGGAGACAACUCAGCCUCACUGGCCCUCCUUACCCACAUGUUCAUCCACCAUUCCAGUCCCUUCUUAUUCAAAUUCGGCUCCGCCUUUUUCCCCGACAUGUACUGUAAAUGACUCGAUAUAUCCUGGUAUACCGUCAACCAUUUAUCCUUCAUCGACCACUUCUGUCUCAGGAGUGUCGCAAACUACCUCCGGAACAUCAUUCCCUUUAUCGUCCCUGACCAGUUGCACUGGAUCAAGUGGUUCUACCUCGGGAGAUUCGCAAACUACCUCUGGAACGUCAUUCCUUAUAUCGUCGCCGGCUAGCUCUUCAUGUUGUACCGGAUCGACCACCUCAGCCUCAGGAAUAUCUCAAACUUCCACUGGGCCGUCCAGUACCAUCUCCCCGACGAGCAUACCAAAUAAUAAUGGGACAAUUCACGCAAGGAUCUGCAAUGGGGUAAACGAGGAUCCGGACAUUUCGGGAAUUGCCAAGCACUGCAGGGGUUCGGAUAACGUUUUAUCUAACGAACUUACUUACAGGAAGUACUACAUCUCAAUCGGUCCAGUCGUUGGCGCUCUAUUGCCCAGAUUCGAAGCUGAAGGUCCCUUCUGGGCCACUUGGUUCACCUCAACCGCCCUCCUCUUCUCCGCCGCCGCCGAAGCCGACAAACACAAUCUUUCGCUUUACAACGCCAUCAUAGUUUCCUACCUCUGCUACAUCCACUGUGUCAGCGCCGUCUGGCUUCUCUCUAUUAAAAGUCUUUGCGGUGACCGAACGCACACUCUCCGAUACCUCCCUUUCACGGUGCUUCAGAUAGUUGGGUUCGUCAUUUAUUGCCUGUACAUCUGGAGCCACGCGAAGACGUUUGGGAAUCAGCCGGAGUGUAAUGCUGAUACCAAGUUUGUAUUCUUCUUCAAGAACUUUUCGGCUGUUCAUCAAGGGCCUCACAUCGCUAUACCGAUUCUCAGUGUACUAUUUGUGGGGCAGUUUCUAGAUCUAGGAGAGUAUGUCUACACCGCCGCCACGCCGAGUAGCUUCGAUGGGUAUGUAACCGGAACAGCAGAUGCCGUCCGCACAGUCGUGUUCCUGUACCUCCCCCAAUGGGUGUACGUAGUCGUCACCACGGAACUCACCAUCCAACGAAACUGGGUCAUCCCUAACCCUCCCAAAUUUUCUUUUGGUCAGAUAUUUCCCCUGGUCACUAUUGGCAUUCCCGUAGUCGCGAUUCUCCUCGCGCUACUUCCAGAGAAUUGGAUUUGGCCCUGGUUCAGGCUGCAUGUGCGGGAGUGGACGCACUUCGUGACCCUUUUGCAUAUAGAACGAAUUGGGCCCGAGAUAAGACGCGUUUUCCUUGUUCGAAGCCAGCCAUCGGAUCAGGCUACCGCGACACAGCGGUUAAUUGAAGAACCUUCUGUAGCACGGAUUGAAGAGGUUCACGAUGCGGAUUCAGGUUGA